CCUAUCGAUAGGCAACAGGCAGUGCUUUUGGCAGUUAUAUUUUCACAUGCCUUGAAAUAUUGAUAAAUAUUUAAGUUUCCUCUUUUUUUGAAUGCUAAACUCAAGAAUUUAUUGAAAACCAAGCACGAAGCAAGUUUAUUUACGAAAAAUCAAGGCUUUGAUGUCACCUGGAGCAGCAGAAGCAUGAUGAUGUUUCAGGAUUCCAACAAUAAUCCUCAAGAACAGGAGGAGAAACAGCAGGUGGAACUGAAAAAUGAGCCAGCAAAGGCAAUGCCGGCAAGUAAUGUUGCAGUUCUAGAUCAGGAGCACCUGCAGCAGUCUCAAUCUCAAUCUCAGCCACCCAUGCCUUCAGAUGAUAUGAUGCGCCACUCCAUAGCCGACAGCCUGAUGGAGAUGCUGCUAAAUAUGACCACUAGCCAGUACCUUCACGAAUGCCUGGAGCUUCUAGGAGCCACGGAUCCUCUACAGGCACGCAGCCAAAUCCUGAAUAUCCUGCAGCGAAUCGCCGGAGAGCGUUCCACACAGCAGCAGCCAUAA